ACUCCUCUCUCUUCCCUCUCUCCACAUUCUCCAACCCAAGGAGGCCAGACAGAAGGACGUGGUCUCUGUGAACGGUUCAACCCAAGAGACGAAAUGCAGUGGGCCUCGAUCCUGCUGUUGGCCGGGCUCUGCUCUCUUUCCCAGGGCCAGUAUGAUGAAGACUCUCACUGGUGGAUCCAAUACCUCCGAAACCAGCAGUCCACCUACUAUGACCCCUACGACCCUUACCCCUACGAGCCCUCCGAGCCUUACCCCUACGGAGUGGAGGAAGGCCCAGCCUAUGCCUACGGUGCACCACCUCCGCCAGAGCCCCGUGAUUGUCCCCAAGAAUGCGACUGUCCCCCCAACUUCCCCACAGCCAUGUACUGUGACAACCGGAACCUCAAGUACCUGCCCUUUGUGCCCUCCCGCAUGAAGUACGUCUACUUCCAGAACAACCAGAUCUCUGCCAUCCAGGAAGGUGUCUUUGACAAUGCCACCGGGCUCCUCUGGAUCGCUCUACACGGUAACCAGAUUACCAGUGACAAGGUAGGCAGGAAGGUGUUCUCCAAGCUGAGGCACUUGGAGAGACUCUACCUGGACCACAACAACCUGACCCGGAUGCCCGGCCCGCUGCCUCGAUCCCUGAGAGAGCUCCAUCUGGAUCACAACCAGAUCUCACGGGUCCCCAACAAUGCUCUGGAGGGCCUGGAGAACCUCACGGCCUUAUAUCUCCAUCACAAUGAGAUCCAGGAAGUGGGGAGUUCCAUGAGAGGCCUCCGGUCCCUGAUCCUAUUAGACCUGAGUUAUAACCACCUUCGGAGGGUACCCGACGGUCUCCCUUCAGCCCUGGAGCAGCUGUACCUAGAGCACAACAAUGUCUACACCGUCCCUGACAGCUACUUCCGGGGGUCACCCAAGCUGCUGUACGUCCGGCUGUCACACAACAGUCUCACUAACAACGGCCUUGCUACCAACACCUUCAAUUCCAGCAGCCUUCUAGAGCUAGACUUGUCCUACAACCAACUGCAGAAGAUCCCCCCUGUCAACACCAAUCUGGAGAACCUUUACCUCCAGGGCAACAGGAUCAACGAAUUCUCCAUCAGCAGCUUCUGCACGGUGGUGGACGUCAUGAACUUCUCCAAGCUGCAGGUGCUACGCCUUGAUGGGAACGAGAUCAAGCGUAGCGCCAUGCCGGUGGACGCCCCACUCUGCCUGCGCCUCGCCAGCCUCAUCGAGAUCUGAGGGGCUUUGCCUUGGGCUCUGGGCUCUGGGCUCUGGGCUCUGGGUACCGAGCACCGGGCUCCGGGCACACGCCCUGCCACCCCGCUGCAUUCGGCUUGAAGGUCUGGUUUGGCUUUUGCUGGAUGGUCUGGGACAAGCAUGUGACAGAAGUCCACAGGAUCUUAUUCAGUCUCCUUCCAAUAGGCAAAGUUAGGUGGGAUCAGGGGCCAGGCCAGUUUCUGCAGGGGAUGAACGUGGUGGUAAAAAGAAAUAGCCAUAGAGUCUAGCCCCCAAAUCUUACUAUCCCUCAGCCUUCCCCAUGACCUAGUCUGGCAGACCAUUACCUUGCUCAGAUAAUAGCAUAUAACCAUUUCCAGACAAUCUGACUUUUUGAGCUAUGCUCAACAGCAUGGCCAGCUGCUUCUGCAGUUGCUCUGGGCUCCUACUCCUUGCUCCUGAAAACAUCAAGCAUACCUCUUGCCCAGCUCACCAUCUUUGCCCACUUUGACUGAGGCUUCUUCUAAUGUCUUAGGCAGUCAGGAGACACACACAGCCCAAGGCCGAUGGGUAGCUUUUAACAACCUGUGGAGAAAGGUCACACUAUUAUCUGAGGUUAAAAGGAUGUCUAAAAUCAUCACACACACACACACACACCCAACCUCAGCUGACUUUAAGUCACCAUACUGAACAGCAUAAUGGCGGCAGGCACGACUUGCUAGCAGAGGGGAUAACCAGCUUUAUAAUGGAGGCUCUGUCAGAGGAGGGAAGGGUCCGGUGGUCAUUACCAGUAUCCAUAAUAAGAUGGGGAAGGGACACCUCAGAAUAGCAGAACUGAAGGAGCAGCCGCCUCUCCGAUUUCAUCUGACCCAACACGAUCUGCACUCCUUCUUGGGCUUUUAGUAUCGAAGGGGUAAGUGUGGUCUUCAAAACAUGAGAAAGAGCCUCUGCCUGUCCUUUGAUCCAAGUAUGUAGAUUUGUUGCACAGAUGGCAGAGGCAGACUCCACCAGCUGAGGACCUACCUGCUAACCUGCUAGCGGGUAAUCUCAAUAACUGGCUUGUCCCUAAAGCUAGAGUUUAAAGUACCAGCUCUACUGGAAAUGCUCACUGGGGUACAAGAAGCCCCAGCCAGGCCCAAGUCUUGCCUACACUAGGCCUGGCUCCCUCUGCCUUCACACUAUGGAGCCACACCUUAUGCCUGAUGGUGCCUGCGAUUUGUAGUUUGUCAGAGAGCAACCCCGUAUUCUCCUUUUUAAAGGUGAUGUUGCCUAGGUACAACCAACAGAUUCUUCUAGACCCCACUGGGAUAGUGUCAUCUGGGAAGCCAGAUCUUAGCCGGAGGUGGGUCCCUGAGGUGGGUUCCUGCCCAGAUGCCUUAGACCCCUGACUCUGUGUGCACUUAGGAGCAAGCUUCUCUGAAAAAGACAGGGUGGGGCAGGGUGCUUAGACUGUGUCAUCGGUUCCAGAACCUGAAAUCCACAAAAGCCAAACCAGCUUGUUUCAACCAGGGAGUGCCACGGAUGGAGCACGGCUGCCCUGCCCGGGGCUCAUGGGAAGCUCCUGCAUGCAAACACCAUCAUGUCUCUAUAAAGGGUCCUCAGCGAAGCAAGCAUGAAUGGUGGCUAACCUGACCAAUAAAGUUAUUUUAUACGUGCA